AGAAGUGAAGAUUGUGGUAAAGCCUUUAAUAAAAAGUCAGCCCUUAGUAAACAGAAGAAUCAUGCUGGAGAGAAGCCCUAUACUUGUAAUGAAUGUGGAAAAGCAUUUAUUUACAUCUCAAAACUUACUGAGCACCAGAGGGUUCAUAGUGAUGGGAGACCGUACAAAUGUAUAGAAAGUGAAAAAGAUUUUAAACACACCUCAGGCCUUACUCAACACCAGAGGAUUCAUACUGGAGAGAAACCCUACACAUGUAAAGAAUGUGGAAAAGCAUUUAUUCAAAUCUCACAUCUUAAUCAGCACCAGAGAAUUCACAGUUCUGAGACACCAUAUGAAUAUAAGCAAUGUGGCAAAGGCUUUAAGUAUACUACACAACUCAUUAGACACCAGAGCAUUCAUAAUGGAGAGAAGCCCUACAAAUGUACAAAAUGUGGGAAAGGAUUUGUAAAAAUUUCAAACUUGACUGAUCACCAGAGGAUUCAUAGUGAUGAGAGACCAUAUAAAUGUAAGGAAUGUGGCAAAGGCUUUAAGUGUAUUAGUGCCCUUGUUAGACACCAGAGAAUUCACAGGGAU